UGCUAUGUUUAUAUUCAAUGUUAUGCAUGUAUAAUUGAUCGCCUAUUUCCUGCCGUGGCCAUUGGUCUUACACGGGCCCCUUGUGAUUCAAUGCAGUCUUGCCUAGCUACCGCUUGAACCUCUAUAUCCUUUUCCAACUUCUGACAUAAUUCAGUAUAACACCGCGAAGAAAUGUCGAUUCCCACGACAAAUGCAGAGUGGGCUGCCACGAUUUCAUCUAUCAAGGACUCCCUCCCAGCAACAUUCACCAACCGACCUGCUCCUUCUCCAUCUUCCAUCCCUGGGACUAUUGACCACACGCUCCUAGGCCUGUCAGCAACAGAGUCUGAAAUAGAUACUCUUUGCGAAGAGGCAAAAGAAUACAAAUUCGCUUCUGUUUGCGUCCGCGUCAACCAUGUCCGCCGCGCCGUAGAGAACCUCAAAGACACGCCCGAGGUGUGCGUCGCGGCAGUUGUCGGUUUCCAUGAGGGGACAUACAGGACAGCAGAGAAAGUGGACGAGGCCCUCGAGGCUGUGAGACAGGGAGCUUCAGAACUAGACAUGGUACUCAACUAUCCGCUUCUCAAGGAAGGGAAGUUUGUCGAUGUCUAUGAAGACAUCCUCGCUGUACGCAAGGCGGCUCCUUCGCCUAUCAGGCUCAAGGUCAUCCUCGAAACGUCCCAGCUGGACAGAGAUCAGAUCAUAGCUGGAUCGGUGAUUAGUUGUCUUGCCGGUGCAGAUUUUGUCAAAACGAGCACUGGAUUUAAUGGCUCUGGAGCUAGCGUUGAGAAUGUGUCUCUCAUGCGAGCUACGGUGGAUGCACUUGGAAAGGGCUGCAAGGUCAAAGCUAGUGGAGGAGUGCGUACGGCAGAGGACUGUGUACGGAUGCUUCAAGCCGGUGCGGAUAGGAUCGGAGCUAGUGCCGGAGUAAAGAUCGCAAAGCAACUGGCGGGAGAGACAAGCAUCGAGGGAUCGACUGCCGUUGGGGCAUAUUAAGACCAAGCUGGAGUAUAUCCAUAAGUAUCUGGCCACUCUUGUUAUAAACAGCAAGCGAAUUCUUGAAACGCAUUUCUAGAGAUCUCUAGUAAGGUGUUAAAGUUAAAUAUAUCCUCGACACAAGACU